AUGUCGACUGGAAACGAGAAGGUGGAAUGGGCGUACGCUAUCGACCUGCAUUGCAAUGGUUUCUUUGCGAUCAUCUCAUGGCUUUAUAUCCUACAGCUCUUUCUUCUGCCUAUUGUAACUGGUCCGAAAUUCCCCUCGUUACUCGUGGGCAAUCUCCUCUACCUUUUUGGCGUAGUUCAGUAUCUUUAUAUUGUGUAUUUAGGGCUUAGUGCCCUUCCAUUUGUUCGCAGGACAAAUAUCGUACUGCUUCCACUCCUCCCGGCUCUCGGAUUCUUUAUCAUAUCCCUCGCUGGCCUCAAUAUCCCUCGUGUAGUCUUGCAGAUAUACUUUGGGUGA